AUGCUGUUACACCUGCUAAACCAACAGGGGACGGAUAAUGACAGCUAUGCAGGAACUAGCGGAGGCGGUGUGAGAACCAAGCUAGGACGUGACCUGGACACAAUACUGAGACUAAUCAGCCAUUCCAGGACAGGAGUGUCUUCAACGUCUUCAGGGGCCUUCUUGUUUGUUUUACCGCCGGCAACAAUGGGCUGCCAUGCCAACUCCCACUCAUCAGUAUUGUUUCAAUUUGCUAUCGUACCGCUUGCAGUAAGAGCCUGCUCUCCCAAACGUCGAACCUUCGCAAAUUCCUCCCUGGAUGAUUUAGCACCAACACGUGUGGUCCUGGCAGCCUCUGGGUCUCAUAUAGUUGACAUUGAUUUGUCACCUCGUUUUCGCUUUUAA